CCUGUUCCAUUUCUUCAACUACACUCAUUUCCCAAUUAUUACACAUGAAAGUGAAAGCAUUGGUUGCCUUCCAAUCCAAGCUUCUAAAUCCAUGCAGAAAUCUAUUUCUCUUCUUCAGAAUCAAACUCAGAAAACCUGUCUUUAUAAGAGCUUUUCGAUUUUGUGCUCACCGCAACAAAACCAGAAAAGCUCAACCUCUUACAAAGAACCCAAUUUCUACUGCCAUGUUUUCAUUUUUCCGAUCCCCUAAGCGGUCAAGAAACAUGGACAGAGUUGGAGAGCUUAGGAGUGUCUCCAAAGAAGAGAAUGAUAGAAAAUUCUUUCCAUCACCGAAGCUCUUUCCGUCACCUCUUACUCCAGCUUAUAUCACGGCCAGCAGAGUCGCCAUGAAGGAAGCAUUCGGCAAUGAAGACGUGCAAGACGCAUGCAGAAGUUUCGAGAACUAUUUGGUGGAGAUGAUAGUUGAAGAGGGAAAAGUGAGGGAUUUGAUGGAUGUGGAAGAGCUUCUGUAUUGUUGGAAGAAUCUUAAGUCUCCUGUCUUCAUUGAUUUGGUGUGUAGAUUCUAUGGUGAGCUAUGUAAGGACCUGUUUUCCCCUGAGGAUAACAAUUGAUACUGCAAAUUGACUCUGCAUCUAAACUUUGCUCCCCACCCCACCCUUUUCUCUCUUUCAAGAAAAGAAAUGAAGAAGAAGAUCAAGAAGCAGCAGCAACUCUCUUUGAUUUUUAACUGUAUUAGAUCAUUGUCACAGAGUAGAUAAUUGAAGGAAUAAAGCCAAUUCUCAAAAUUUUACA